UCAGACACCACCUCGGUAUCGGCAUUUCGAUGCUGGGAUGACCCCGCCCACCGCGCAGAAGGACAAUGCUGAUGGAGGCUGCGGAUUGUCGAUACUGAGUCGGCCGGCCGGGAAAACAUCUCUCUGCUCCACAAACAAGACAACGUUGGACUUUUUCAGCCCACCCUGGCCAGACAUGAAGAACCUUCCAGGCCUCCAACGCUGAAGAUUUCCGGACAAGCCAUGGCUGACAAAGAGGGAGGGGCCACAGGUGUGGCGUACGUGCAGGUGGACUACGACUACGAGUACAAGGCCAAAGACAAGACGGUGAGCAUCCGGCAGGGCGAGUCCUACGCGCUGGUGAAGAAGACCAACGAGGACUGGUGGCAGGUGAGGAAGGAGGAGGGCACCAAGAGCUUCUACGUGCCGGCGCAGUACGUGCGGGAGGUGCGGCGCCCCCUGCUUGCCCCCCAGAAGCCGGCCUUGAGGACCAAGCCCACGGUCCUGGACAUUUGCAGGGCGUCCGACGAGAACGUCAACCGGCCAGAAAUGUCCAGCUUCGGCCGCUCCUCGCCGUCCUCCACCCCCUCCCCGUCUUCGGACCGCGUCACGCCGCCCAAAGACAGCAACCAGAACUUGGGGAGCCCGCAUCACGGCAAGGUGGUGGCGGAACUGCUGCUGCUCCACAACAACAACCACCACCACCACCACCACCACCACCACCACCUCCUGGCCAACAACGCCACUUUGCCGCGCACGCGAGCCGACUCGCCGCCGCUUCCGGAAGAGGAGCGUGACCACAGUCCGGAGCGGAGCAAGGCGUCCCUGCCAGGCGACCUGGCGGCGAACGGAAUGAGCAAACUGCACCAGGACUCUGAGUCGGGGGACGAGCUGAGCAGCAGUUCUACAGAACCCAUGCAGACCACAUCGCCCACGGGUCCGGGCCGGUCGGACUCGCCGGUCUACACCAACCUCCAGGAGCUGAAGAUCUCCCAGUCCGGCCUUCCUCCCGUGCCGUCUGGUUCUCCUCUGCAGGUCCACGGAGACUGGGAGACGCACAAGGAGGCCAGUGGCAGACACUUCUACUACCACCGAGCCACGGGGGAGCGCACCUGGAAGCCACCUCGCAGCCGAGACCACCGAGGAGACGGUCACGGCACGGCCGACUGCGAGUUUGGUCCCCAGCUGCUGUGGUCAGAGGAAGUGUGUCCCAGCACACACUCCAGCCAGUCUGACAGUCAGUACGGGUCGCCCCCUAGAGGCUGGUGUGAGGAAGUGGAUGAACACGGACACACACUCUACGUGUCAGAGUACACACACGAGAAGUGGAUAAAGCAUGUGGACGAACAAGGUCGGCCUUACUACUACAACGCAGAUGGAUCCAGGUCUGAGUGGGAACUGCCCAAGUACAACACGUCCCCUCAGUCUGGUGAGGUCCCCAAGAGUCGCAGCCUGGAGAGGAAAGAGCCGGAGCCCAUUGUGCUCACCAAGUGGAGACACAGCACCUACGUCCUGGACCUCAACGACAAGGACUGCACCUUGGCGACCAAGCACAGCUCUCCUGACUCCGACUCCUGCCCAUCAUCUCCUAAGCACUUCUCCACUGCGUCAGAGAAGUGCGGCGUGCUGAACGUCACCAAGGUGACGGAGAACGGCAAGAAAGUCAGGAAGAACUGGGCGUCCUCAUGGACGGUCUUGCAGGGCUCCUCCCUCCUCUUCGCCAAAGGUCAAGGUGGCAGCAGCAGCUGGUCGCACUACCUCAACAACUCCUUUCCUGAGCUGCUUCUCUCUCUUCUGAGCAGCUGGAAACCUUCCCUGCAGCCUCCUGCUGUCGUCCUUAAACCCUGGCAGACGAGCGUCAAGUUCGGCAGCAACCAAUCCAAGCCGGAGUUCACGGUGGAUCUGCGCGGUGGUUCAGUGGACUGGGCCUCCAAGGACAAGUCCAGCAAGAAGCACGUCAUCGAGCUGAAGACGCGUCAGGGCACGGAGCUGCUGAUCCAGUCUGAGAUCGACAGCGUGAUCAAGGACUGGUACCGGGCGCUAACAGAGACCAUCAACACACACGUGUGGGAAUCUGACGACGCCAUCGAGGAGGACUUGCCCGAGUCUCCAGGAGCUGAGAAGCAAGACAAAGACAAAGACCAGCGGGACUCCAAGAAGACCAGAGUGGUGAUGAAGACGUCUAUGAGUAUGGACACUUCAGACCAGAAGAAAACUCGCCUGAAGCUGAAGAAGUUCUUGACGCGGCGUCCCACCUACCAGGCCGUGCGAGACAAAGGAUACAUCAAAGAUCAAGUUUUUGGCUGCAGUCUGAGCAGUUUGUGUCAGCGGGAGAACACUUCUGUGCCCACCUUUGUCACCACCUGUAUCAACCAUGUGGAGAACACAGGUCUGAGCGUGGACGGCCUGUACAGAGUCAGCGGGAACUUGGCCGUCAUUCAGAAGCUGCGCUUUGCUGUCAACCAUGAUGAGAAAGUGGAGUUGCAGGACAGCAAGUGGGAGGACAUCCACGUCACCACAG